AUGACAUUUUAUAAAAAAGGAUAUAGGAAAUUAUUCAUACAUUUUAACAACAAUGUAAUUAUAAAACACAAUUUCAGCACCUUAGAUAUAAACAGGGGGAGUUUAAAAAAAAAACAAACAAAAGAAAAAUUUGAGGAGGUAUGGAAGAAUAUUAUUCGUAAAAAGUAUAUAAAAAAAAUUGUAGAUAUUUUUGAAAUAGAAGAAGAAAAAAAAAAAAAAAAAAAAAAAGAUUAUUAUGUUAAUGUAGAUUUAUAUGAUAAACAUAAAAAAUGUAAUAAUCAUAAUAAAUAUAGAAAGAUCGAUGAAAAUGUAAAAGGUAUACAUCUUGUUGAUGGUUCAAAAAAAAAUAUACAAAAUGAUGAAUAUACAUGUGAUGAUAACCAAAUUGUGGAUCCUCCUAGAACGUGUUAUUUUGUUGUAGGAUCUGAAGGUGUUGGUAAAAAAUUUAUUAUUGAAAAAGCUAAAGAAAUAUUUGUGAAUAGUCCUCAUAAUGUACAAUAUGGUGAUUGUCAUAAUAGUGAGAUGAAAAAGAAUAAGAAAAAAAAAAAAAACAUUUUUUUUGAGUAUGAUUUUAAAGAAAUGAAUGAUAUAAUAAACUUCUCUAUGAAAAUAUAUACGCUUGAAUAUUGUUUAAGAUAUACAUUAUUAAAAGAAUUAAAUGAUGAUAUAAUACAUAAUUAUAUAAAUCUCAAAGAUAUAUAUGAUAAUAUGAUAUAUAAAGAUAAUAUAAAUAAAUCUUAUAAUAUGUUAUCUAGGUGGAGAGACUUUUUUAUACAUAUUUAUGAAAAUCCACAAUUAUAUGAUUAUUUUAAUGAAAAGGAUUUAAAAGAAAUUAAUAAUUACCAAAUCAUGAUAAAAGAAAAUAAAUAUAAUUAUGAAACAUGGUAUGCUUUUCUUGAAAUACUUUUAAAAAAAUUAAAAGUUAAAGCUUUUUGUAAUUAUUUUAAUCAUUUCAGUGCUUAUUUAUAUUUUUUCAAAAUGUUAGGAGAUUAUGAAGAAUAUGAUUAUUAUAAAAAAAAUACAAAUAAUAUUUUAAUAAAUUAUACUAAUGGUAAAUUCAUAUAUACAUACUUUUUAUAUAUACUUGGAAAUUUACAACAUAUAUAUAAUUACAAUUUCUUUUUCCUUUUUUAUAAUUUUCAUCUUUUUUUAUUAAGUACACAACCUAUUAAAGAUUUUAAUUUCUUUGUUAAUUUCUUGAAACAAAACAUAUAUUCACAUACUUAUUGUUUCCCUAUGGUUAUCCAUGCUAUAAAAAACUUGGAAAUUAUGAAGUCUAUUUUUAUGUAUAAUAAUAUAAUCAUAAAGUGGAUACGUGAUAAACAUGUCGUCAACCAAACAAAAAGCAAACACAUAGAAAAGGCACAACAUAACGAUUUAUACUUAAAAAAAAUCCAAUGUAAUCCAAAUAUAAAAAACAUAAACAAUAAAAAUAAAAAUAAUUCUAAUAAUAAUAUGUGUUUUAGUAAAGACAUCCAAUAUACUGUACCAGAGCGAAUUAACAACAAUAUGAAUAUUUCUUCUUUUCAUAAUUUAGAUGAUAAUAAAUAUGCUGAGAGCCAACAAAAUUUUGAAGAAAGUACCUUCAAUAUGAACAAUAUAAUAAAAAACAAAACAGACAAAAAAAAAGAAAAUAUUGAAACAUACUAUUAUUAUAAAAAAUAUCAAGAGACAUUAUCAAAUAAACAAUUAAAAGAUAUGCAUAUAAAUACAUAUAACACUUCAGAAGAAUAUGAAUUAAUUAUUAAUAAUAUAAUAGAAAUAGAUGAUUUCUCUUAUGAUAUGAUAAAAUCUAUUUUAAUACCACAUUUUACAAAUAAUCAAGAUAUAUGUAAUUAUAUUUAUAAAUAUAUCGGAGGGAAUAUUAAAUUAAUAAAAACUAUAUGCAAAAGCUUAUAUGAACUAAACCAACAAUUUGAUGAAUGUGAAAUCAUUAAACAAAUUGAAAAUGCAAGAAAAGAAAAUAUUACUUAUGAUAUGGACGAAGAAGAAGAGGAUAUAUUAAAUUCGCCUAAGAAAACAAUAGAACAAAUUAUAACAUAUAAAAAAAAUGAAAAAGAAAAAUUAUUUUUAAAAGAUUUAUGUGAACAAGUAUUACAUAAUUUUAUCUUAAACUUUGAACAAAAAAUCAUACAAUUUUUUUCUUUACCGAAUAUAGAAAAAAUGAAAAUUAAUCAAUAUGAUAAGGAAGCAAAUGACAAAUAUAAUAAUAAUAAUGAUGAUGAUGAUGAUAAAAUAAAACAAACAAAUGAUAAUAAAUCUAAUCAUGAACAUCAUAUACAAAAUAAUAAACCUUUAAAUUUUAUACAAUUUUAUUUUACGAUUUUCGAAACCAUCCGUUAUUUUUUAAAAAAACAAAAAGUGUUUUGUUAUAAUAUUAUUAAUCUAAACAAUCCUAUACUUUUAGGGUUAAUCGAUGUAAAUAUAAUACAUUAUAAUUAUCAAGAUAAAUAUCUCGAAUUAACAAAUAAAUUUUAUCAUAUCUUAUUAUUGAAUUAUAUAGAAUUAAAAUAUAAACAAUAUCCCUUCAAAUUAAGGGUUCAAUACAAUGUUAAUUAUAUGCUUAAUUAUAAAAUCAUAGAGCACGAGUAUAAGUUAUUGGAAUGUAAAAAUUGA